AUGAGCAUGUUAAGGCAUAGGAAAAAAUCUCCGUACUAUGGUGUUGAAAUAAUUAAGAACUUGGAUUCGUUUCCUAAAGUUAAUAAAGAAGAUUUCAUUGAAAAAUCGAGAAUUGGUGGUACCGUGACUGUCAUAGCAUAUAUUCUUAUACUUUGGAUAAUUGUACAUGAAGUGAGGUACUACUUUGAAAGUCAUGUUGAUUUUAAGUUUAUGCCUGACAAAGAUUAUGAUGCCAAACUGAGGCUAAAUCUGGAUCUUACAGUUGCCAUGCCUUGUUCAAGUAUUGGAGCUGACAUUUUAGAUUCAACGAAUCAAAAUAUGUUGAAAUUUGGCAAAUUAGAUAUGAUGGAUACUUGGUUCGAAAUGACUUCAGAACAAAGGCUUAACUUUGAUGAUAUCCGUCGAGUUAAUUCUUAUCUGAGAGAGGAAUUUCAUGCUAUUAAUGAUCUUUUAUGGAAAUCUGGUCAUAGUAUAACGCUCAGAAAAUUGCCACAACGGGAGAUAAUUGAUAGUAAUCCUCCAGAUGCUUGUCGAGUUUAUGGUUCAUUGGUUUUGAAUAAAGUAGCGGGGAACUUGCAUAUAACAGCUGGAAAAUCACUUCACUUGCCCGAAGGACAUGUUCAUAUUUCCGCAUUUGUAUCUCAAGCGGAAUAUAAUUUUUCUCAUAGAAUUCAUCAUCUUUCAUUUGGAGACUCAGGGGUUGGCAUUAUCCACCCUUUAGAUGGUGAAGAGAAGAUUGCAGAUAUUAAUAUGGCACUCUAUCAGUAUUUUGUUGAGAUUGUUCCAACUGAUGUGGAAACAUUUUUAUCAAAAGCCAAGACUUAUCAGUAUUCAGUGAAAGAUAGUUUACGGAUCAUAAAUCAUGAUAAAGGUUCACAUGGUGUACCUGGCAUUUUUUUCAAAUAUGAUAUCAGUGCUUUGAAGGUUGUAGUUACUCAGUCUCAUGAGCCUCUUCUGAAAUUUUUUGUAAGACUUUCAUCAACUUUAUCAGGUGUCUUUGUUUCUGCAGGAAUUUUAAAAGACUGCAUUUUGUUUAUAACAAAAAAACUUGAGAGAACCCUUUAUCCCGAACAGAAAAAAAAUGGAGUAAGUGUUGAAAAAGUUCCUGAAGAAGUUUAUAGUUUAUGA